AUGUUAAAAAAGCAUUUCUCUACUUUAUUAAACAAUAAACCCUUCCUUCUCUAACCUGACAAUCUAUCCUCUAAAGUAUUAACAAUAAAUGACAUAAACCCAAAAGUAAAAAACGCUGAAUACGCAGUUCGAGGCACUGUCCCAACCCGAGCCUUAAAUAUCCGCGCAGCACUCUUAAACGGCAACCAUAAUUAUAAGUUUGAUAAACUUACAGAAUGUAAUAUAGGAAACCCUUAAAUAUUCGGCUAAAAGCCUAUAUCAUUUAAUAGAUAAGUAUUAGCUUCAGUAUUAUACCCUGAAUUAAUUGAAACUGAAAUAUUUAAUUAAGAUGUGAGAAAUAGGGCUCGUUUUUACUCUUAAAGGAUGAAACAUUCGAUCGGAGCUUAUUCUGAUUCAUGUGGUCAUUUAUUUGUAAGAGAAAGUGUAGUUAAAUAUAUAGCUUAAAGAGAUAAUCAUUUAUUACCACCAGAUACAAGUGAUAUAAUACUCACAGACGGUGCAUCUUAAGGUGUAUCUAUGGUUUUAAACGCUUUAAUAUCAGAUCCAAGAGAUGGUAUAAUGAUACCUAUUCCCUAAUAUCCUUUAUAUUCAGCCGCCUGUACAUUACAAGGAGCAUCUGAAUGCCAUUAUUAUUUAGACGAAGAUAAAGGAUGGUAAGUAACCAUUGAGGAAUUAAACCGUUCCUACAAGAACUCUAAAAAACAUGGUAUAAACCCAAAAAUAUUAGUCGUAAUAAAUCCCGGAAAUCCAACUGGAUAGGUUCUGUCUUAUAAGACAAUAGAAUAAAUGAUUGAAUUUGCAUAUAAUAAUAGAAUGAUAAUUUUUGCUGAUGAAGUAUACCAAGAUAAUGUAUAUACAGAUAAAAAAUAUUUUUAUUCCUUUAAAAAAGUACGAUCGGAAUUAAGUAAACCAUAUAAUGAUGUAGAACUUUUUUCCUUUCAUUCAACUUCUAAAGGACUUUUAGGAGAAUGUGGUUUAAGAGGAGGAUAUAUAGAAUUAUGUAAUAUAGAUGAAAAAGUAAAGGAAUAAAUAAUCAAAUUAAGGUCUAUGUUCUUAUGCUCUAAUACUAUAGGGUAAUGUAUGACUGAGUUAAUGUGUAAUCCACCUACUUUAAUUAACAGCUCGUAAGAAACAACUGAGUAAUACUAGAAAGAAAAAAAUGAUUUGUAUAAUUCUUUAAAAAGAAGAGCGGAAAUUAUGACUGAUAAAUUAAAUAAAAUGACUAAUAUAGAGUGUCAAGAAGUAGAAGGGGCUAUGUAUGCUUUCCCGAGAAUUCAUUUAAAUAAAAAAAUAAUUGAGGAGGCUUAAAAAAGAAAAAUGGAACCAGAUUUAUUUUAUUGCUUAAAUGUUUUAGAAAAUACAGGCAUUGUUAUAAUACCUGGAAGUGGCUUUAGGUAAAAAGACGAUACUUAUCAUUUUAGAAUUACAACACUAAUAUUACCAGAAGAAUAUUAAAUGCAGUAAUUAGAUGUUUUUUCAUAGUUUAAUGAUGAGUUCCAUAGAUAAUAUAAUUGA